AAGAACCGUCCGGGGAGCUGCGGGUUUGUUUGUUUGGCCUCCUGAAACUAACGUGAAUAUCCGGACAUGAGCAGCCCCGCCAAAUUGCAGGACCUUCCGCCGAAGGGCGGCUAUCAGAACAUCCCAUUCAAGCGGGUGCCUGCUAAAACCUAUUUCAAAGGAUGGCAAAUGAUCGCUGGUUAUGCCGGUAUUUCAACAGCGGGAUUGUUCCUGUACUGGUUGAAUGUGAAGGAAAACCAUCGGAAUGAAAUCGAGAUGCGAUCCGCCAAGAAUGUCAUCUACCCGCUGCUGCUGGCGGAAAGAGAUCGUGAGUAUCUGAAGCAGCUGCGACGAAACCGUGACGAAGAGGCUGAACUGAUGAAGAACGUCGAAGGAUGGGAGGUUGGUACCUGGUAUGGAGAACCGGUGUUCAAAACGAUUCCGAAGGAUAAGCUCGUGGAACCGACGUUCCAAGAGUUUUACGUGCACACCGAUUACAAACAUAUGGCCAAGCGUUCCGAUAUUAAGCUGAUGAACUAAGGUACUCUUUUCGGCGUCAUGAGGAGCUUGCAAUUGUAGAGGAAUGUGUUGUUUAAAAAUAAAAUCGAUUGUCGCUACUGGGAAUCG